UGAUCCUUGAGGUGGAACGUCGCCGACCUCGGAGAGAUGAAGAGAGAUGAAAAUCUUUUGAUGUUGUAAUUCAGAAAAAGCGUUCUGCAGGACGAGCAAAAUGAUGUCCAUCAUGUGGUUUGCCCUGCUUCGCUUUUCUCUGGUGUUGCAACUGCAACAAGCGACAUUGCUAGUGUUCGCACAGCUACCAGCAGCACAACAAGGAUCUACUCCUGUGCCAGUAAAGAGCACUGAGGAGCAGUAUAUGGGUGUUGCCGCUCAGCUAGUGGAAGACGAAUGUAUUCCUUCUCCACGACAGCAGUUUGUAGAGCCCCUACGUCGUUUUGCCGCUGGUGGCCUUCUAGCCCAGGAGGAACUCCAUUUGCGAGGCCCGGAGACGAAUCUGAUCAAGUGGCUAGACGUUUUGAACGACAUCCUAGGGAAUAAUCCCUAUGCGGCGUUUGAAUGUCCACUGAUAAUGACAGCACACAUACGAAAAGCGGCUGAUGCAGCGCUGUAUCUAGGACAAAAGAGUCGAGCAAGAGUCUUGUUACAGAUUGGUAACAUGUUCAAGUUGAGUGCAAUGUCGAGGUGGUACACAGCAGUCUCAGAGCAGUAUACGAAAGAGCAACUGCCGCCAGCAAGACAGCAAAGAUUCGAACCGAGAAUGCAGAUGGAUUAUCAAUUGGGUUUAGCACUGCUCACGCAGCAACUGUUGUUAAGGCUUGCACUUGUUCUCGAGGAGGAGGAAGAGGAAGUUGAUUGUGAGCUUGAUGAGGUUCAUUUCUAGUAGAGAUACUCAGCAUUCCUGCCAACAACAAGCACAGAGAUGAAGAUACGAGGACAUCUUCGCGAGUGCUAACAACAUGAUCUAAGUAUCUGCGACCUUGUCUAACAAUAGCCUCGCCAGUAGAACCGAUAAGAAAAUGGCCAGCACACAAACCAAAGCCAAAGAUUGAUGUUUUGUCCAUUUGCGUUUAUUCUCCAGAUGAGACGUCAAAUACCGUUCUAGACAGCCCUCUACCCGGCAUGUCGCCCGAGAAUCACAAACAGUACGUGAAGCAAACGGGAUUGAACAGAUAUGUGAUGCAUGAUAAGGUACUAACUUAAACUUCUAUAUUACCAGAUUGUUUGAUAGAACUACAACUAACUUAAACUUCUAUAUUACCAGAUUGUUUGAUAGAACUACAACCAACUUAAACUUCUAUAUUACCAGAUUGUUUGAUAGAACUACAACUAACUUAAACUUCUAUAUUACCAGAUUGUUUGAUAGAACUACAACUAACUUAAGAUGGUCUUCACGGGUUCAAACAGCUCUUGAUGCCAGAUCGGGAAGCGCAUUAUUCGAAGUUUUUAGUCGUGUACCAGCACAUGCAACAGAAUCCAGACGUGGAGUGGGUCUUUUUCAUGGACUGUGACGCUUUUUUCACGAACUUCGACUUCACAGUGUUUGACCUCUUGGAAACCUAUGCACCUGAUGAGGUGAUAGCUGCUGCAGUUAAGGCUCAUGAUGCUUCACAUUUCUUUUUCCACACAGAGGACUUUUCUCAGUUUGUAGUUCCAUCUUCAUGUAGAAGUUGGAUUCUGGGAAAGUGUCGGUGGACACAACUCGUCUAAAGCUGACGGUGAUCGACCGCAAGCAUCACAACAGAGCACGACAUCUACCGGGAGUAAAGCUUCUUCUCCAGUAAAUUUCAUCGUCGCUGAGGAUACAGGUGGGAUUAACACGGGAGUUUUCAUGGUCAGGAAUACGCCUUGGUCGUACGAUUACCUACAAAGAGUGACGAUGUCGCCUUUCACGACAGCGUGGGAUCAGUCUAUGUUCUUCAUGUCUGCGGUGAACGAGACGCUCUUUGGCUUUUCUCCAGAAGACUAUGCGGCAGGAUUGAUGUUAUGCAGGAAAGGUGUGCUGUCGUUUGCUGAAAAAUCGAUAAAAUUAUAAGGAACUACAACCAUUAGUUUUAAUAGUGUUGAUCAAGACAAAGCAUUCCAAAGGAAAAUGAUAAUAGACAUGGAUGAGUAAUGCAUCAUGGGCGUCUCAAAGCAGUAGCAAGCACGGUCAGCGCAUUUGUAAUCUUGAAGAGCCAAACUCCAGCUUCAUCAGAGCGAUUUUUUGUUCUAAUCUCAGUGUCAACAUCUGCGAACGGACAACAGCUGCCACCACAACAGCAGAAUCAGGAAGGCGACAUGAGCCAGACCUUUGCGUAUCUAGCACGACAUGAUCCAGAGAAGCUUGUAGCAUUGAUACAUCAGCUGCCGGAAGAAGAAACACAGCAUCUGCGGCACACGAGUUUGAUUGAACGAGAUUUUGGAUUGCCACCCUUAUGAAUGAGGAGAGAACAAAGAAAAAAGGUUAGAAAAUAAAAAAGGCAACUGCAACAAUUAAGUCCUGCGAACGACCUCUUGCUAGGUAAAUGAAUGAAUGAAUGUCGAAUUUAAAGGGGGCUUUUCCAGGCUUCAACAGUUGUUUCUCAGUCACGAUGUAGCCAUCAUCCCCCAACACCUCUAACCCUCGAAGUCGUUUUCCUCCAUCAAAAGCAUUUGAACGCUUUUGUGCCUCCUGCGAGUAAGGAUUGGGGCGGCUAUGAAUGGCAACCUGGAGACUUCGCAAGGCAUUUCGCGGGUUGCCCGUGGCAAGAAAAGCCCUGUCUGGAUAUGAUGUAUCAGACUAUGGAGUUCGGGAGGCAGCAGUAUAAGUGAUGUGAUGGCGAAGGGGUCGGGAGGAUGCCAUUCUGAUGAGAUAUGACGAUGUUAACCUCUCUGCCGUUCAUGCCUAUCUUGGGAAUAUAGUGAUAAGGUACUGACAAGACUUUGAUGUUGCGCUCUCGCUACCAUUCUACUUAUGAUCAUUGCUUUUUCAAUGUCUUGCGCGCUAUCUUCAGUGGCGCAUCCUAUGGAUGAGACGAUAGGCGCAUGCUUUGUGCCG